CUACUCACAUAUAGCAAUGGCUUCAACUGCGCAACUUGUUCUCUUCUUCAUCGUCAUCACUCUACUCUCUACCCUCUCGGUCCUAGCCACCCACCCACACCCACUUGACCCUUUAACCCCAGCCGAGUUCAACCUGGUCCGAACCAUAAUCUCAAGGUCCUAUCCAGCCUCUUCCACUCAUACCAACCUAACCUUCCAAUAUGUAGGCCUGGACGAGCCCGACAAGCACGCAAUCCUGUCAUGGCUGUCCUCAAAAUCCAAACCUCGAGUCCCAAUGCCUCGGCGAGCCUUCGUCGUCGCUCGCUUCGAAAAAAAAUCUCUAGAGAUCACGGUGGACUUGUCGAGCCUAUCCAUCGUCUCCACCAAAGUGUUCAAAGGCCAUGGCUUCCCCAUGUUGACCUUGGACGAACAAACCACAGCUUCUGAGCUUCCGUUCAAAUACAAGCCGUUUAUAGAGUCGGUGAACGAGAAGGGGCUUGAUUUGUCACAGGUUGUGUGCACUACUUUCACCGUGGGGUGGUUCGGGCAGGUUAAGACCGAUAGGAUUUUGAACAUCCAGUGCUUUUACAAGAACGGAACCAUCACCUUGUACGCGAGGCCGUUGGAGGGAAUAACUGUUGUGGUUGAUCUUGACGAGAUGAAGAUUGUGGGAUACUCUGAUAGGAUGGUGGCUCCGGUGCCUGAAGCUGAGGGUACAGAGUAUCGAGCGUCCGAGUUGAAGCCUCCUUUUGGUCCUGAGCUCAAGGGCUCAGCUUUUCUGCAACCUCGAGGACCUGGCUUUGAGAUCCAUGGUCAUACUGUGAGGUGGGCCAACUGGGAAUUUCACAUAGGAUUUGACAUCCGAGCUGGACCAAUCAUAUCGCUGGCUUCAAUAUACGAUCUGGAAAAGCAAGAGUACAGGAGGGUACUGUACAGAGGGUUCAUAUCAGAGCUAUUCGUGCCGUACAUGGACCCAACCGAGGACUGGUAUUACAAGACUUACUUUGACAGUGGCGAAUUUGGGUUUGGUCAGUCCGCUUCUUCCCUUCAACCUCUCACCGAUUGCCCCUCAAACGCCGUGUUUCACGACGCUUUCUACCAAUCCUCCGACGGCAACCCCGUCCACAUUCCCAACGCCUUCUGCAUCUUCGAAAAGUAUGCUGGCGAUGUCAUGUGGCGUCACACUGAGAUAGGAAUCCCAGACCAAGUGAUAACGGAGGCGAGGCCAGAUGUGAGCCUAGUGGUGAGAAUGGUCUCUACCAUCGGUAACUAUGACUACAUCAUAGACUGGGAGUUCAAACCAAGCGGCAGCAUCAAACUUGGGGUUGGACUUAGUGGUAUACUGGAGGUAAAAGGAGGAAAGUACACCCACACAGAUCAAAUCAAGGAGGAAGUUUACGGCACGCUGCUAGCAGACUACACCAUUGGUAUCAAUCAUGACCACUUUUUAACAUAUUAUCUUGACCUCGACAUUGACGGAGAGGCCAACUCCUUCGUCAAGAGUAAUCUGGAGAUUGUAACAGUCACUGAUCAUAACACACCGAGAAAAAGUUAUUGGAAGGUUGUGAGGGAAACUGCGAUAACUGAAGCUGAUGCCAGAAUAAACUUAGGGUUGAAGGCAUCUGAGCUGGCAGUGGUAAACCCUAACAAGGAGACAAAACCCGGAAAUAAAAUGGGAUAUCGGUUAAUCCCAAGCUCAGUAUCACACCCACUUUUGGUGGCCGAUGAUUAUCCGAAAAUUAGAGCAGCAUUCACCAAUUAUAAUGUGUGGGUCACCCCUUAUAAUAAGUCCGAAAAAUGGGCAGGAGGACCCUACGCUGAUCGUAGCAGAGGUGAUGACACUCUAGCCGCCUGGAACCAAAGGGACAGGAAGAUAGAGAACAAGGAUAUAGUAUUGUGGUACACGGUAGGGUUUCAUCAUGUCCCUAGCCAGGAAGAUUUUCCGGUGAUGCCAACGUUGAGCGGAGGAUUUGAGCUAAGACCCACCAACUUCUUCGAGAGAAAUCCAGUUCUUAAGGUUUUACCACCAAAGCAUGUCAACUUGCCUAACUGCACUCUCAAAUCGUAGCCGCAUUUUCAUGUUAUAGCUUGCCUGAAGCACUGGAAAUAAUGAUGUAUUUGUACUUGAUUAAUACAUUCUGUUUCUUCCAUUUACUCUGCUGAAGUUAUUUCUGAAGUCCCACUCCCAUUAGUGUAUAUCAAGAUAGUGAUCUGUGAUCACAACAUAAUAGGCACGGAGAGCAGCUUCAAUCACCCUCUCCUCUUUUCCCUCUUGAAUUUUUGGGCUACCUGCAGCUCUCUGUAGUUUUUCUUGACGUCUCAAACCUGGACGACUUCCUUC